AUGAAGAAGCGGCAUAAACUGGCAAAGGAGUACCGGAAGACGCACAAAGGAUCGGACACAUCAGCACAAGCCGGAGCUGCAGCUGGAGCGAGCGAGGACGCUGGGGAAGCAGAGGUGGCUGCCGGCGAGCCCGAUCUUGCAGAGCAGAAGUAUGAGCUUACUAGCACGAGAGAAGAGAAUGCAGUGACGGAAGAUUCGGGCUUGGGCUCAAAGGACGUGAAGAGAAAGAAGCGGCGGAAGGAAAAGGAGGAAAAGGAGGAAAAGGAGGAAAAGGAUGGAGUCAAUGAGGAUGCCGGGGAGAUUGAAGUCGCGCAAGCUGCUGUGGAUGAUCCGGAGACCACUCUAGGUUCACUGGAUACAGCAAUUCCGGAUUCCGUACGAGAAAUAGCCUCCUUGCAGCCCAAGAAGAGACGGCACAAACUGGAGGCUAUCCUCGCCUCAGCUGAAAGCGGCGAAGAAGUCAUCGCAGACGCCAAUAUGGAGGAUGACGAUCACUUGCGAAAGCACACUCGGGUCCUCGACAAUUUCCAAAAGGCCUCGAAGCGAUCUCAAAGUCUCAAGUCGCAACCGGAACAGUUUCAGGAGUCACUAGGAAACGCCCAACCUGUUGUGCAUGAUCUGGAAAUGCCCGAUGCAGAUGGCGUGGACGAAGAUGGCUUCGUGGAUGAGGAAUCGGCUUUGCCGGAGUGGCUAGCAAAGCCGACGAUCAUAUCAGCAGAAAGCAAGUCCACCUUUGCGGCUCUUGGGCUGGCGAGCGACACUGUGGACCGACUGUCGAAGCUCAGUUUUGUCGAUGCUUUGCCGGUUCAACAAGCACUCCUACCUCUGCUCCUGCCUCCCGGUUCUGCAGGCGCGCGUUUCCUCCCAGGAACAGACAGCAUUUUACCUGACGUGGCUGUGAGUGCUGCCACUGGUAGCGGCAAGACCAUCGCCUACUUGCUCCCCAUGAUCGAGGCGCUGCGGCGCAAUGCAACUCGCGGGAGGCUCGGUGCACUUGUAGUUGUCCCUACCCGCGAGCUGGUGGUGCAAGUAGCAGCCGUUGCGGAUAGUCUCUGUAAAGGCUGUGGGCUCAAAGUUGGUAUGGCGACGGGGACUGGCAAGUUCAAAGAUGAGCAGGACCAUGCAAAGGAGGAGCAGCGAAUGCGUGAUACUAUACACGGCAUUACUCAACAUGUGGCGACGUACGAUUCUGCGGUCGACAUUCUCGUUGCAACCCCUGGUCGUCUCCUCGAGCACAUCAGCAGCACACCAGGCUUCAACCUUGUAUACUUGCAGUGGCUGAUCAUCGACGAAGCUGACAAGCUGCUCGAUAAUCAGUAUGAAGGCUUCUUGGACUCGCUGAAUGCUGAGCUGGCACGGCCAAGGUCAAUACACGAGCAAGACGUCCGAGAGCAAUACCUGCGGUCCAAAGGCAUGUGGGAUGAUGUCAGAGAAAGAAGACUGCGUAAGGUGGUUCUGUCGGCCACGAUGACGAGAGAUAUCUCCAAGUUGACUUCAUUGAGGCUACGUCGACCGACUAUGAUCGCAGUCAGAGGUUCAGAAGGUAUCGAUGCUCAAGCAAGACCCGGUGCUCGCGGCGACGGCCGCGACGAUGGGUUCAGGGAGAACGCAAGCGGUUUUGAGCUGCCAAGAACUCUGAUUGAGUACUGUGUCCCUGUCGGAGACGGAAGUGAGAAACCGUUGGUACGCCAUCGCAAGGACUCAUCGCAACCUCAGGCUCCUACGGUGCUCAUAUUUACCGCCAGUAACGAGUCCGUUAACCGCCUUUCGCAUCUCCUCAAAGAAAUAAAGCCCUCAUGGGCACGUCGAAUCACAACCCUGGUCAAGCUGAAGCCCGGCAAAGCUCGCAUCACAGCGAAAGCGGAUGAGUCCGCAGUAGUCGUGUCAACAGAUCGCGCAGCUCGAGGUCUUGACAGCUUCAGCAAUCGUCCCAUCACGCACGUCAUUCAGUACGAUGUCCCGCGAUCUUUGACGGGCUACAUCCACCGCGUUGGCCGUACUGCUCGAGCAGGUAGGGAUGGAGAUGCUUGGACUUUGUACACUCACUCCGAGGCGCGGUGGUUCGUCAACGAGAUCACAAAGGCGAGCAACGUCAAACGCGCGGGAGCUGUGGAAAGGGUCAAGGUGUUCAUGUCGGACGAUGGCUUGAGGGAACGCUAUCAGACAAUUCUCGGAAGCAUGAGAGAGGAGGUCUUUGGUGGGAAGACUUGA